UUUUUUUAAUGUCCGUUGACAUCUUUAAUUUAAUAAUUCAAACAACGUAAAAAUGCCAUGAACUUAUCAACAUGAUCCUUGAAGCAAAAAGCAUAUGAAACCAAAUCAAAAUGAUCUCAAAAAUGCUAUUAUGGCAAUUAAAAGUAAACAAGUAACAUACCGGGAUGCUCAUGAAAUAUAUGGCAUACAUUAUUCUGUACUCUACCGUCAUGUUAAAAAUUCUAAUUUAAAAAAAUAAGGGGGCCAAACGGCUUUAUCAGUGUCUGAAGAAAAUAUUAUAAUUGAUAUCGUAUACUUCUAUGUACAGAAUGGGGAUUUCCUCUUGAUCAAUAUGAUCUAAGACUUUUAGUCAAAGGAUACUUAAAUCGCCGAGGCAAAAAAGUAAAACGAUUUAGCCGUAAUAACAUGCCUAGUAAAGAAUGGCCAUUAGUUUUGUGACUAGGCAUAAAGAUGUUUUAUCUUUACGUUUAUGCCAAAAUAUAAAGCGUUGUCGAGCAGCCAUUUCAAGAGAAACUAUUAACAAUUAUUUUGAUAACCUAGCUAUUUCAUUAAAGGGAGUUUCACCUGAAUAUAUUAUCAACUAUGAUGAAACAAUUUUGACAGAUGAUCCAGGUAGAAAAAAAAUCUUAACCAAACGAGGUUGUAAGUAUCCUGAAAAGAUAAUGAACAGUACCAAAACAUCAAUUUCUAUAAUGUUUGCUGCUUCUGGCAAUGAAACUGUAUUUCCUCCAUACACAGUUUACAAAUUAAAGCAUAUGCAUGAUUCAUGGAGAAUAGGUGGUCCAAAGGGUGCCAGAUUUAAUAGAAGUCCAUCUGGUUGGUUUGACAGAAUGUGUUUUGAUGAUUGGGUCAAGAGUAUAGCACUACCUAAUUGUAAUAAAUUGGGUACAGGAAAAAAAAUAUUGGUUGGUGACAAUCUGUCACGUCAUUUGUCAUCAGAGUCUAUAAAGAUAUAUCAUGAAAAUAACAUACAAUUUGUUUUUUUGCCAACUAACUCUACACAUUUGACUCAGCCUUUAGACGUGGCCUUUUUCAGACCUCUAAAAAUACAUUGCAGGAAAAUCUAGGAAGAUUGGAAGAUGGGAGAAGGUAAAUAAGACACUUCUAUUUCAAAAGACAAGUUUCCCAGACUGUUAAAAAACUUUGUUUAAAAAUAAAUGAAAAUGGAUGUGAAAAUGUUAUGGCUGGAUUUAAAAAAUGUGGUAUUGUUCCACUAAACAGAGACCAAGUGCUUGAUAUAUUACCUGACUCUAGUAAUUUUUCUGAAAAUCUAACUGCAAAUAUUUCAUGUCAAAGUGCCAUUGAUGAUAGCUUAAAACAGUUUUUAGAAUUAAUGAGACCGUCAGAUCAAAAACAACAAAGACAAAAAAAGGACAAAAUUAAAUGUUGAACCAGGAAUGAGCGUUGAAACUAUUACAUCUGAAAAUGAAGAUGACCCAGAAUUAGUUAAAGAAGUUGAGGGUAUGGAAGACGACAAAGAAAAAAAUCUUAGUGAUACUAAUAGCAGUAUUUAUGAAGUCUAUUCAGUUGAAAAACCUGCAUUUGUUAAAAUGCAUGGAAAAAUAUUUGAAAAUGUGUAUCCAAUAAAAAGUAAAUCUGAAAUUUUAACAGAUGAUUGGUUUGUUAUUAGUUUUCAAAUAAAUCCAAAACAACCUUCUUCUAGUAAAACAUGUUAUAAAUAUUAUGUUGGUCAAGUAAUUGAGAAAAAUUGUGACAUUUAUAAAGGUACAUUUCUCAGAGGAAAAUUUACUAGGGAAGACAAUGGUUUUAUUUAUUGUUUUCCAAAUGUAAAGGAUCAGUGUGAGUUUGAGUGUGAUCAAGUUGUUAGUAGGCUAGACAAACCAACAGUUUACAAACGUGGCUUAUUGAAGUUCAAAUUAGACUUUAAGACUUUAUAAAUGUUACCUAAUUAAAUAUUAAAUAUUUUAUUUA